AUGCCUAUAGCGCAAGCUUUAAGUGCGGCCACAAAUGGCGGACUGGUUCGAAAGUUUGUGCCUCGUGGAACUAUUACCAGGCCAGCAACCACUCGCGAAGUAUUAUCCCGUGGCGGCGCAUCAUCGUCGGGUCAAGUGCAGUAUCGCAGUUCAGCACAAUACUACGCUAAAAGCUCUUCCCCUGGUGCGUCAGUUCCAUACAGCACGCAAGGCGCAUCUCGUGGAGGGACGUUGACGAGGGGAGGGAUUCGCGGAGGUUUCUUUUCAAUUUCUCGAAUGACCGGUGUGGAAUGUGCACAUUUUUGCCUUUCAGGGUAUUCUGUUCGACCUGCUGCAGCUUACUCAACAUCACGUUCUAACGCUUCGUCUUGGAGUGGGAAUAAAACUGGUGCUCCAUCGUACGUGGAGUUCUCAGAACCUGGUGGAAAUACAUCUGGACAGCCGAAUUUUCGCGAACCUGAUGCGGUAUUUGAACACCACAAUGCUUCUUCACAGAAACUUACACAACAGCUAAUCGAUAAUGGUUCCAUAUCUGCCCUACAACUGGAAGCCGUUAUUUAUGCCUGUCAAAUGCAUCAGCAAAGACUUCCCAGCGGAGAGCGGAUAGGAUAUUUAAUAGGCGAUGGAGCUGGCGUUGGAAAGGGGCGAACCGUGGCAGCGAUAAUUUUCGAGAACUACCUGCUUGGUCGAAAACGGUCUAUAUGGUUGUCUGUAUCUUCCGAUUUAAAGUACGAUGCUGAAAGAGAUUUGCGAGACAUAGGAGCCGGAAAUAUCAUGGUGUAUGCUUUGAAUAAGCUGAAGUAUGCCAAAAUUUCCGGCAAAGAGAAUGGAAAUAUCAAGAAAGGCGUAAUAUUUGCCACUUACUCUUCUCUUAUCGGUGAAUGCAGGGGAGCUAGAGUCAAGUAUCGAAGUCGUCUGAAGCAGCUGAUUCAGUGGUUUGGCGUGCAUAUUUUUUUGUCAGGACUACGACGGUGUGAUUAUUUCUGGACGAAUGUCAUCGUGCAAAAAAUUUGGUGCCCAGCACGGGUGCAAAGCCAACAAAAACAGGUCGAAUGGUUCUUGAGCUGCAAAAAGCUUUGCCUAACGCACGAGUCGUUUAUGCUUCGGCCACAGGAGCAACCGCAACGAGGCCUUUAUCUGGCUCGCCAACUUUCGUUCCGUGGAGUAUCCUUUAACGUUCAAGAAGUUCCUCUUUCUGAUGAAUUCAUCAAGGUCUACGAUGAUUCUGUGAAGCUUUGGCUAGAAUGCCGCCGACAGUUUCAAGUUGUGCUUAGCGCUAUGUCAGGCGAAGAACGGUCAUCUUGCAAACAACUUUGGGGACAGUUUUGGGCGUGCCAUCAAAGAUUCUUCAAAUAUCUCUGCAUUGCAGCCAAGGUAGAUACAUGUGUACACAUGGCACGGGAAGCUAUUAAAGCCAACAAGUGCGUAGUUAUUGGGUUGCAGUCUACAGGAGAAGCACGCACGCUUGAAACUCUAGAAGAGAUGGGUGGCGAGCUCACCGAAUUCGUCUCCACUGCCAAGGCUGUACUGCAAGGAUUGAUUGAACGGCACUUCCCAACGGAUGUAGGGACCGUGGACAUUUAUCGAGAUUUCGACCUGGAUGAUUACGACAGGGGAAGGCAGCGAAGGUAUCGGAGAAACAAUCACGACUUCAUGGACAGUCUUGGCUUUGGAUCAUCUUGGUCCCGAGACUCACCGAAUCCAUUCGACGAACCUCGUGCCAAAAAACCUCGAAAUGACGAAGAUGAGAACUCUACAACUUCUUCGUCAGACGGAGAUGAUUAUGGUGAUUUGGACCAAGACUCAGGUCUUGAAGAGGAGCAGGAUGGAUCGGAAGUGGAUUCAAAUCUUGGAGAUAACGGUGAUGACUGGCUCAAGGCGCUUCUCGCUGAAGUAGCAUCAUCAAGUGAAUCCGAAGACGACGAUCCCACAGACCAACAGCCUGAAACCGCCAAUGGAAACGAAGUAUGCUUGACAUUUUUGUCGUUGCUUGCUGCUUUUGUUUACACCAUACAGAUUAAUUGUUCGCAUUUCAAGAGCGGGGCAGAUCAGAGAGGUAGCGGCGGAGAAGAAGAAUUCAACCCGUUCAAUUGUGACUUUACAGACGAUCCAUGGGCGUCCAAACAGCAGGUUGUGGAAGAUUCUCCCAGGAAGCAAAAUCAGGUACAAAAUGGAUUCUUGAUGUUCACCACAUGUAGCAUACUUAUUCAGGCGAAUCAGUCUCAGCAGUUAGAAGAACUUCGAUUGCGACGUCGGGAACGAAGGAAACGACGAAAAAAGCGAAUGAAAAAGGCAGCAAGAGAAGCGGAAAUGAAGCGCCGUAGAGAAUUUGACAGCGAGGCAAUGAAAAAUACCGCGACGCAGUUCAUCUCCUCUUCACGAUUUAUAGACCCGGUAUCUAGUGAAUGCAUUAAUCCUAGAAUGAUCAAGGCUGAGUUAUUAACUGCAGUAGAACGACUCGGUCCUUCACUCCCUCCUAACACAUUGGAUCAUCUCAUCGACCAACUUGGUGGACCCGAAUAUGUUGCAGAGAUGACAGGACGUAAGGGACGAAUUGUAACAAGAGAUGAUGGUGAGAUCGAAUACGAAUUGCGCCAUGCAGGUGCAGAUGUCCCACUGGAACUGAUGAAUAUGGAUGAGAAAGACAAAUUUAUGAAAGGAGAGAAGAAGAUUGCUAUUAUAUCAGAAGCUGCAUCUAGUGGUAUUUCUCUCCAGUCCGAUCGUCGAGCUCAAAAUACACGCCGUCGUGUUCAUAUUACACUGGAGCUGCCGUGGUCGGCGGAUAAAGCCAUACAGCAAUUCGGUCGAACUCAUCGCUCCAAUCAAGUCAGCGCUCCAGAAUAUG